AUGGCGCACUGGUUUCAUCGGAAUCCGAUCAAAGCGACCGAGCACGUGGGUUUUGAGCUGAAGUCGAUCCUGACCACGCCACAAACUUCCAGGAUAUGCAGUGAACUUCGCCUUCGACGUGACCACCUGCUCGAACAUUUUCGGGACGCCAGUAAUGACCUGGACACGUUGGACGAUGACUUCAAGCAGUAUCUUGCACUGUUCGCCGGCUUUGUGGUUGCAAUUGAUGGUGCUGACGUUAGCAUGUCGAAGGCCAGCAAACUGUCGCCGGUGCUCAGAUUUCGAUGGACCAGUUCAAUGCUUGGCACGACUGCCAGUGAAGUGAACGAGAGUUGGUUUGAAGUGCUAAAUAUGUGCGUGAAUAUGGCGCUGUGGCUGUCGAAGCAUGCUGCGUGGAUUGCUGCCAAGGAUGAGGUGUUUGAGGGUGAUGCGAAGAAGUCACACACAUGCUUGCGGCGGGCCGCUGGAAUCCUGAUGUUUGUCCAGCAGAAUACCUGUCGAGUCGGUGGAUUGUCGGCAAUCGCUGGAUCAGAUUUCGAUGGAGCUGUACUUUCUGCCUACAUCAAUCAGUUCACUGCGGAAGCGCAAGAAAUCACCGUUGCCCGUGCCAUUGAGCUGAAGCACAGUCCUAGUCUUAUUUCAGCACUUGCCCACGAGACAAGCGAGAUAUUUGCUAAAGCAGGUCUGAGUGCGAAACCCGAAUCCCAUCUUUUUUUUCGUCGUAUUCGGCCGCUACUAGAGCGACAUAUGCAGAAAGCUGAGCGUGAAAAUGGUUUGAUAUAUCACCAGAAAAUACCAGACAUAUGUCCUGAACCGGAAGGGAAGCCUACAUUUGGUUUGGUUGAGGCGGAACCGUUUAUUUUACCUCCUGUCAGCCCGUUAAUGAUUGUUUCCACUGAUGCCUUUGGUGUCUGA